AUGUCCGCUUCUGUUGUUCCCCCCCAGGAUUCCAUUGCUCAGGGCCUUGUUCCUGAGGCAGUCCCUCCCGUACCCGCUCCGGUCGCGGCGUACAACCCUCCCCCUCCUCAGCAGAUGCCAUCUCCUUCAGCCUCUCUUUAUGUAGGAGAGCUUGACCCCACUGUAACUGAAGCUAUGCUGUUUGAGAUAUUCAACAUGAUUGGUCCUGUCGCAAGCAUUCGUGUCUGUCGCGACGCUGUUACGCGUCGCUCGCUUGGAUAUGCUUAUGUGAACUACUUGAACGCGGCUGACGGCGAGCGCGCCCUGGAGCAGUUGAACUACUCCUCGAUUAAGGGUCGGGCUUGUCGUAUCAUGUGGUCUCAGCGCGAUCCCGCAUUGCGCAAGACUGGUCAGGGAAACAUCUUUAUCAAAAACCUGGAUGAACAGAUUGACAACAAGGCCCUGCAUGAUACCUUCGCCGCCUUCGGCAAUGUCUUGUCAUGUAAGGUGGCUACCGACGAGCAUGGCCGCUCUAAGGGUUACGGAUUCGUUCAUUAUGAGACCGCUGAGGCUGCCGAGACCGCUAUCAAGGCUGUGAACGGUAUGCUUUUGAACGACAAAAAAGUAUAUGUUGGCUAUCACAUCUCGCGCAAGGAGCGUCAAUCGAAGCUUGAGGAGAUGAAGGCUCAGUUCACCAACAUUUACGUCAAGAAUUUCGAUCCUGAGGUCACCGAAGAGGAGUUUAUGGCACUCUUCCAGCAAUUCGGUAGUGUUACCUCGGCUGUCAUUCAGCGUGACGACGAGGGCAGGAGCCGUGGCUUUGGUUUCGUAAACUUCGAGGUGCAUGACGAAGCGCAGAAGGCUGUUGAGGGUCUUCACGAUUUGGACUUCAAGGGCAAGAAGCUCUUCGUUUCUCGCGCACAAAAGAAGGCUGAACGUGAGCAGGAGCUGAGACAAUCAUACGAGCAGGCGAAAAUGGAGAAGAUGAGCAAAUUCCAGGGUGUCAAUCUAUACAUCAAAAACCUCGAGGACGAUCUCGACGAUGACCGUUUGCGUACGGAAUUCGAGCCUUUCGGCAGCAUCACCUCGGCCAAAGUGAUGCGUGACGAGAAGGGUACGUCGAAAGGAUUUGGUUUCGUCUGUUUUUCUUCGCCCGACGAGGCUACCAAGGCCGUCGCGGAGAUGAACAACAAGAUGAUUGGUACCAAACCCUUGUAUGUCUCGCUGGCUCAGCGUCGCGAUGUUCGCAGACAGCAGCUGGAGAGCCAAAUCGCGCAGCGCAACCAAAUCCGUAUGCAGCAGGCGGCUGCCAGCGGUCUUGCAGGUGGUUAUAUUAAUGGUCCUAUGUAUUACCCCCCUGGCCCUGGUGGCUUCCCUCCUCAAGGUGGACGUGGCAUGAUGGGUUAUGGGCAGCCAGGCAUGAUGCCUCCCCGUCCCCGAUAUGCGCCUAACGGUCAAGUGCCUGGUAUGCCCUUACCGGGUCCUUACGGUCAAGCACCCCCUCCCCAGCCUUACCCUAGUAUGCCUGGCUACCCUCGUGGCGCCCCUCGUGCUCCCCCCGCUGGCCGUGCACCGCCUCCCGCCGAUGCAAACAUUCCUGUCAAUGGCGCUGCUCCACGGCCCGCCGGACCCCCGGCUGCUCCCGUCAACCGCCCCGCUGCUGGUACUCCCGCAGCUGCGAGUCGUCCACAAGGAUACAAGUUGAACCCUCAAACUCGUAAUGCCGGUGCUGCUGGUCAAGUGCCCUCUCCUGGUGGGGCUCCGGUGCCGGGUGCUGAAGCGCCGGGGAUUUCGUCUGCACUAUUGGCGAACGCAUCACCUAUGGAGCAGAAGCAGAUGCUUGGUGAAGUAAUUUAUAUGAAGAUUGCCCCUGCCCACCCUGACCUCGCUGGUAAGAUCACUGGUAUGCUGCUGGAGAUGGAUAAUGCGGAAUUGUUGCACCUGUUGGACGAUCAGGAGUCGAUGAACAACAAGGUCAACGAAGCACUGGUUGUAUUACAUGAGUUCUCGCAGAAGGAGGUAGUAGAGAGCAAGUAA